AUGCCGGAAUAAGUGUCUACACCGCCGACGACCGCGACUUGGCCGCCGCGAAAUUCGAAUGGGGACAAAGAUCAAACGAGCCUAGGCUGCUGUAGCCUAGGGCAUACUAUACUGAUAACUGAGAUUGUAUUCAAAAGAACACAGAGUCAACGUUUAGGAUACAACAGAGUGACAUGUCUACUCCUAUUCAAGGUGGAUCUAGGUGUUUAAAACGACGGUCUCUUGGGCUAAGCCGAAAAUGGUCAUCACCCACCGCACCUGCUGAGCACAAGAGCUCAAUUGUUGGGCUAGCAUUCGGACAAGGCCCAAGCCCCUUGAACAGUUCUCAUCAAGAAAAAUCCUCGCCUGUUUUUAACAGUCGGUCUCCAAGAUCAGCCUUGCCUCUUGACCUUAAAUCUAAAACUACACCAAGUAGAUUAGUUUCAAGAUUUUCAAGAAAGCGAUCAUUCAAAACAACUUUCAAAUCACCAAUGAAAGAGGUUGACAGUGGUACCACAAAAGAGGAGGAAUCAGAUGAUGUGCAACAAGAGAUAACAAAUCUUAAAAAACAAGUUCAGUUGAUGAAGGAAGAAGAGGAUGGACUGAGAAAAUGUGGGUACAAGGAAGAAGAGCUACAAAUGCACAUUGAGAAGCUUCAUGAAUAUAAUGAGCUAAAGGACACUGGACAGAUGCUGAUUGGAAAGAUAGCUACACUUGAGGGUAGAACGACCAAGGAAAUGUAUGCACAGUUUGGCCUGAACUUGGAAGACUAAACCAACAACAACCAUCAGGAUACAGCUUGUGAGCAAUGCAUUGAUAACUUUAUUAAGAUUAUGGAAAUAUAUUUUUCAUCAUAAAGGACCUACUUAAAAUCUCUUAAUAUAAUCAUUUGUUGCACACAAUUUCCAAAAUUUUGUUCCAUUAUAAAGCCGGACACUUAUUGCUGACGAAUCCAACUCCAUUCCCACUGCGCGCUAGACAAUGCAAAUCCGUCUUCUGAUUGUUGGUAGCAGUCUGAAUGGAUCCUCGUUAAAAACGAUCCGUUGCACGCAUGUCGUACCGUUGUAUUCUACAUAGAAUUGUGUCAGCCUAUGACCGUCGGGCAUAGUGAAUGCCCAGCUUAAGAGAAUAAGGGUUCAAUUGAAUAUUAUGCAUUAAAAUAUAUCUAAUUAAUCCUUUUAUGUAUUUGUUAAAACAUAAAAAAUACAUGUGAAUAUUAUACCUUUAAAAUAAAGAUUAAAAUGAGAAAAUAUUCAGAGGUGUGACAAAGAGGGUUGAUUCCCCUGUUAAGGUUCCCAUGGCGGCAUAGGGUCUCGCUGGGCCCUAAUUAGAUGUGGUGAAGUCCACAGCCACUUCAGCAUUUUUUUCAACAUUUUAAGGGCAUAUUUUGAUGUUUUUACAAGUUCUGCGUGAAUGCCAAUUAAUAUUUGAGGACCUCUUAAGGCCCAGGACCCCCGGCUUUAACCUGUUAAAGCUCAUAUGUGUUUGAAAAUAUGCAUGCAUAUAUUUUCCUUAAUUUAUUCCAAUAGCUUAGUAUCCUUACAUUAAUUCUAUUGAUCAGCAAAAACUUGUUUUUAUGCGUCUCAUAGUGGAUGACUUACUGUACAGUAAGUGUUCUUUUUAAAAUGAGCAAAUCAUAGUUUUACUUUAUGUUGCUCUCCUUUGUUUAAAUGCACAGGUAGAUUUCUUUCAAGUUGAUAUCCUAUUUUUGUGCAAUAAGUAUGUCUUAUUAAUCUGUAGUGUUUUUUGGGAAUGUCAAAGUUAGGAGUGAGAGUGGAACACUGGCGUAUAGAAAUAUCUUUCAGAAUGGUAAGAGGUUUAGAAAUUCUUGAGGCUAGGACAUGGUGGCUGGAUUGCAGAUUAUGUAAUUAAAUCAUAAUCACAAGAUUUAAAAAUAAUUAUAAAGAUUUACAGCUAAUUAACAUAUCAGUGUUAAUUCUGUCAGUAUUUUUUCCAGAAAUAAAUAAGAAUGAUUUUAA